AUGUUGGACAUAGCGUUUGAAUUGAUCGGAGAAGCCACGUCAAAUUCUCUUCUCAUGUUCUGUUUCUGCAACCUCAUUAUAGUCAUGAUCCUCACUGGAUCAUCAAAACCGGGUUCGAGGGAUUCACAAGAUUCCAUUUUUACUACCUCGGUGAGCUUCUCUAUGCGCGACCUUGCUUCUGAUGAUCAUGAUUGUGGUGAAUGUGAUGAUAAGGAGAUGAUUGCCGUUGAUGUUUCAUCUGCACAAGAUGAGUCGUUGAUCGAUGCGUCGAGCAUUUCUGACGAAGACGAGGACAAAGAAAUCAGCCAUUGUUGUGAUGAUGAUGAUGAUGAUGAUGAUGAUGAUGAUGAUGAUGAUGAUGAUGAUGAUGAUGAUGAUGAUGAGGAGGAGGAGGAGGAGGAGGAGGAGGAGGAGGAGGAGGAGGAGGAGGAGGAGGAGGAGGAUGAGGAGGAUGAUGAGAGCAAAGAGGCCGAUGUUGAAGAUGAGGAAGGAGACGAUGAUUUGAGAAGGAUGGUAGAAGAGUUCAUAGCAAAAAUUAACAAUGAGUGGAGGCACGAGAAGCUUAAGGCUUUGAAUGUAGUUUAUUGA